AUGUCAUCCAGAAGAGCUUUCAAAUCUCUUUCAAGGGCCACACCGGUGACUCCGAGGUCUCCUCGACUUAUCCCAGAGGAUACUAUCCGACCUACUGCAAUUCACUUUGCACCCUCCGUAAAAGUGACGACGUUCGCGCCUAUAAAACAACACAAGAAGUCCAUAUUGACAUCUUUCAGUUAUACCCGGCGAGAUCCGCUUCCUUCCCCUGGUGACUCGAUUCUGCUCUCGACAUCCUCGGCAAGCCCUGUGUAUCCUGUCAAUCAGUGGACCUUGACCGAUCCGACCGAAGUAACGCAACAAGCCACACCCACCGGUACAUGUCAACCGAGAACAUUUACUUGGCCGACCAACGUGCACUGCUUCAAACCGAACAGCAACGGACAUCACUAUCAUACGGUCGGCUCAAGCACAUAUCGGAUUGAUAGUAUGACUUCCUAUAAGCCGUUUGAAGGCGAAGAUUGUACCUAUCGACCUGAACUUCAGAAUGACAAGAAACGUAUGAUGGAAGAAGCCGAAAAGAGAAAAAAGGCCAGAGCGGCCAGGAGGAAGGAGAAUGAAGCUUUGAGAGUGAGAGGUGGUAGAAAAUGGGCAAAAGCGAUAGUGUUCGUAUUGGGAUAUCAGAUGAGAAGGGUUAAGGACUGGGCCAGAAGUGUUAGUUGA